AUGAAUUCAUUGACCAAACAUCUAAAAACCCAACAAGAAAACAACACAAUUACCUCUCAAUGGCAACAACAACACCAACCACCACCUAUAAACCACACUUCUUCAAAUUCAGACUUCCCAAUAGCAGUUGCAUUAUUAGCCAUUAUGGCAGUUGCCAUUCUACUAAUAAGCUACUACAUCUUUGUGAUCAAAUGUUGCUUGAAUUGGCAAAACCUUGAUCCCUUAAGAAGGUUCUCAAUAUCAGGAACCCCACGAAACGAUGAUGGCUCCAUCAUUUCCUUCUCCCCGAUGAUGGAUGGGUUCCAUCAUCGGGGACUAGAUGAGUUCCUCAUCAACAACAUCCCCGCAAUCCAAUACAAGUCACAUACUGCCAAUGACCGCGGUUUAGCCCUUGGAAAUAGCAAGAGCUUUAGAGGUUGCGCGGUUUGUUUAAAUGAAUUCGAAGAGAAAGAAAUGCUAAGAGUUCUUCCUAGGUGUAACCACACUUUUCACUUGGAUUGCAUAGAUGUUUGGCUCUUGAACAAUGCAAGUUGCCCUCUAUGUAGGUCAAGCAUUUCAGGAAGAACGAAGUAUCCUCUCGAUCACAUCAUUGCACCAAGCUCGUCGCCUCAGGAAGUUCUUUCGCCUUUGUUUAGUGGCAACUUAAGCAUGGUUAAUUUCAAUGGAGAUGAUCAAGACUUUUUAGUCAUCGAAGUUGGAGAUGAUCAAGAUAUUGAAGGAGUUGCUACACAAACACAGAGGAAAACAGAACACAAUAACAACAAGUUAGCUAGGAAGUUGCACAACUUGUCUAUCAUGGGAGAUGAAUGCAUUACUUCAAGGCAUAAAGAUGAGCAAUUCGAGGUGCAACAACCGAUUAGGAGGUCGUUUUCUAUGGAUUCAGUUGCAGAUCGCGGGUUAAUCUUGCAAGUUCAAGAGAUUGUAAGGCAGAAUCAUAGGCAAUUAUAUGCUAAUUAUAACAAUAUUUACAAUAAUGAGGUUAGUAGUACACAUUAUGAAGAGUGUAACAAUAAUGCUGGUAACAAUGGAAGGGUUAGGAGGUCGUCUUUCUUCUCAUUUGGACAUGGUCGAGGAUCUAGAAGUUCUUCAAUUCUUCCGAUUGAAUGUGAUCGAUUAUGA